AUGUCGCUACUGGAUGUAGAAUCUGUUUUAGACGAACGCAUCGAUUCAUAUGACUUAGAAAUCUUCCGUGAUAACUAUUUGAAACAAUGUACCCGAGGAAGCCCAUGUGCCGAGGUUGUCUUUGCAUAUGCUUCUGCUUUGAUCCGCUCCAGCAAGACUGAUGUUCGUGAAGGAGUCGAUAUUCUAGAAAAUCUCGUAAAAAAUGAGUCACGAGAAUCGAACCAAAGAGACUACAUUUACUACCUUUCUUUGGGUUAUGCACGACUUAGUGAUUACGAUCGAGCUCUCGCCUACAUCGAUAUUCUGUUGAAAUCUGAGAAAGAAAAUCGACAAGUGAGCGAGUUGAAAGAGAUCAUUGAGAAGAAGAUGCGUAAAGACGGUUUCAUCGGAGCAGCUAUAGUUGGCGGAGCUUUAGCUGUUGUCGCUGGUGGUUUAUUUGCCAUAAUGAAAGCUGUGAAGAAUUAA